UGCCGUGCUUCCCAACUUUGCUCAAAGUCGCCCAACUCUGAGCUGGUGGAGGGACCGCUGGACAGACCCUGGGACAGACUGAGGGCCUGGAGGACCAAUAACCUACACGGUCAGGGAUGGAGCCGGCCUCAAGGGAACGAGGGAGGGGCUGGAGAGGACAGCCUGUGCCUUGGGAGAUUGGACUGGGCCUACUUCUAACUGUGCUGGCCACCACACUGGCCCAGGAUGUGCCUGGCUGUUCACGGGGAAGCUGCUACCCAGCCACAGGUGACCUGUUGGUGGGACGCGCGGACAAACUGACUGCCUCAUCCACCUGUGGCCUGCAUAGCCCCCAGCCCUACUGCAUCGUCAGUCACCUGCAGGAUGAGAAGAAAUGCUUCCUGUGUGACUCCCGACACCCCUUCUCCGCUCGAGACAACCCUAACAGCCAUCGCAUCCAGAACGUAGUCACCAGCUUUGCACCACAGCGCCGUGCAGCCUGGUGGCAAUCAGAGAAUGGUAUCUCUAUGGUCACUAUCCAGCUGGACCUGGAGGCUGAGUUCCAUUUCACACACCUCAUUAUGACCUUCAAGACAUUUCGCCCUGCUGCCAUGCUGGUGGAGCGCUCAGCAGACUUUGGCCACACUUGGCAUGUGUACCGAUAUUUCUCCUAUGACUGUGCGGCUGACUUCCCAGGAGUCCCACUGGCCCCCCCACGGCACUGGGAUGAUGUAGUCUGUGAGUCCCGGUACUCAGAAAUUGAACCAUCCACUGAAGGCGAGGUCAUCUAUCGUGUGCUGGAUCCAGCCAUCCCUAUCCCAGAUCCCUACAGCUCACGGAUUCAGAACCUAUUGAAGAUCACCAAUCUACGGGUGAACCUGACUCGGCUUCACACGCUGGGGGACAACCUGCUCGACCCACGGCGGGAGAUCCGAGAAAAGUACUAUUAUGCCCUCUAUGAGUUGGUUGUGCGUGGCAACUGUUUUUGCUAUGGACAUGCCUCACAGUGUGCUCCUGCCCCAGGGGCACCAGCCCAUGCUGAGGGCAUGGUGCAUGGGGCCUGCAUUUGUAAACACAACACUCGUGGCCUCAACUGUGAACAGUGUCAGGAUUUCCAUCAUGAUUUGCCCUGGCAUCCAGCUGAGGAUGGCCAUAGUCAUGCCUGUAGAAAGUGCGAGUGCCAUGGGCACACUCACAGCUGCCACUUUGACAUGGCCAUAUACCUGGCAUCUGGCAAUGUGAGUGGAGGGGUGUGUGAUGGAUGUCAGCACAACACAGCUGGGCACCACUGUGAGUUCUGCCGGCCCUUCUUCUACCGUGACCCAACCAAGGACCUGCGGGAUCCAGCUGUGUGCCGCCGUUGUGAUUGUGACCCUAUGGGUUCCCAAGAUGGUGGUCGCUGUGAUUCCCAUGAUGACCCUGCACUGGGGCUGGUCUCAGGCCAGUGUCGCUGCAAAGAAUAUGUGGUGGGCACUCGCUGCCAGCAAUGCCGUGAUGGCUUCUUUGGGCUCAGUGCCAGUGACCCUCAAGGCUGCCGACGUUGUCAGUGUAAUGCACGGGGCACAGUGCCUGGGGGCACUCCUUGUGACUCCAGCAGUGGAACCUGUUUCUGCAAGCGUCUAGUGACUGGACAUGGCUGCGACCAGUGCCUGCCUGGCCACUGGGGCCUGAGCCAUGACUUGCUCGGCUGCCGUCCCUGUGACUGCGACGUGGGUGGUGCCUUGGAUCCUCAGUGUGAUGAGACCACAGGUCAGUGCCGCUGCCGCCAGCACAUGACUGGACGACGCUGUGAACAAGUACAACCUGGUUACUUCCGGCCCUUUCUGGACCACCUAACUUGGGAGGCUGAGGAUGCCCGAGGGCAGGUGCUCAAUGUGGUGGAGCGCCUGGUGUCCACCCAGGAGACUCCAUCUUGGACUGGCCCAGGCUUUGUGCGACUACAGGAAGGUCAGGAGUUGGAGUUCCUGAUAACCUCUUUGCCAAGGGCUAUGGAUUAUGAUGUGCUAUUGCGCUUGGAGCCCCAGGUCCCCGAGCAAUGGGCAGAGAUACAACUUACUGUGCAGCGUCCAGGGCCUGUGUCUGCACAUAGUCCAUGUGGGCAUAUGUUGCCCAAGGACGACCGCAUCCAAGGGACUUUGCAACCAAACACCAGGUACAUGGUACUUCCCAGACCUGUCUGCCUUGAGCCUGGCAUCUCCUACAAGCUACAUCUGAAGCUGGUUCGAACAGGAGGAAGUGCCCAUCCUGAGACCCCUUACUCUGGACCUGGCCUGCUCAUUGACUCGCUAGUGCUGUUGCCCCGUGUCCUGGUGCUAGAGAUGUUUAGUGGGGGUGAUGCUACUGCCCUGGAGCGCCGUGCCACCUUUGAACGUUACCGCUGCCAUGAGGAAGGUGUGAUGCCCAGCAAGACUCCUCCCUCUGAGGCCUGUGGCCCCCUCCUCAUCAGCCUGUCCACUCUGAUCUACAAUGGUGCCUUGCCAUGUCAGUGUGACCCUCAAGGCUCAUUGAGUUCUGAGUGCAACCCUCAUGGUGGCCAGUGCCUGUGCAAACCUGGAGUGGUUGGGCGCCGUUGUGACCUCUGUGCCACUGGCUACUAUGGCUUUGGCCCCACAGGCUGUCAAGCCUGCCAGUGCAGCCCUGAGGGGGCACUCAGUGGUCUCUGCGAAGGGACUAGUGGGCAAUGUCCCUGCCGAACUGGUGCCUUUGGGCUUCGCUGUGAUCACUGCCAACGUGGCCAGUGGGGAUUUCCUAGUUGCCGGCCAUGUGUCUGCAAUGGGCAUGCAGAUGAAUGUGAUACCCACACAGGCUCUUGCCUAGGCUGUCGUGAUCACACAGGUGGUGAACACUGUGAAAGGUGCAUUGCUGGUUUCCAUGGGGAUCCACGGCUGCCAUAUGGGGGCCAGUGCAGGCCCUGUCCCUGCCCUGAAGGCCCUGGGAGCCAGCGGUACUUUGCUACUUCUUGCCACCGGGAUGGGUACUCCCAGCAGAUUGUGUGCCACUGCCGGGCAGGCUACACAGGGCUGCGAUGUGAAACUUGUGCCCCUGGGCACUUUGGGGACCCAUCAAAGCCAGGUGGCAGGUGCCAACUGUGUGAGUGCAAUGGGAACAUUGAUCCCACGGACCCUGAGGCCUGUGACCCCCACACUGGGCAAUGCUUGCGCUGUUUACACCACACGGAGGGACCCCACUGUGCCCUCUGCAAGCCCGGUUUCCAUGGGCAAGCUGCCCAGCAGAGCUGUCAUCGUUGCACCUGUAAUUUGUUGGGCACAAAUCCCCAACAGUGCCCAUCCACCGACCAGUGUCACUGUGACCCAAGCAGUGGACAGUGCCCAUGCCUUCCCAAUGUCCAAGGCCUGAGAUGUGACCGCUGUGCCCCCAACUUUUGGAAUCUCACUAGUGGCCAUGGCUGCCAGCCUUGUGCCUGCCACCCAAGCAGGGCCAGAGGCCCCACCUGCAAUGAGUUCACAGGGCAGUGCCACUGCCGAGCCGGCUUUGGUGGGCAGACUUGUUCUGAGUGUGAAGAGCUCCACUGGGGAGACCCCGGGUUGCAAUGCCGUGCCUGUGAUUGUGACCCUCGAGGAAUAGACACACCUCAGUGUCAUCGCUCCACAGGCCACUGUAGCUGCCGCCUGGGUGUCUCUGGCGUGCGCUGUGACCAGUGUGCCCGUGGCUUCUCAGGUGUCUUUCCUGCCUGCUACACCUGCCAUGCAUGUUUCGGGGAUUGGGACCGUGUGGUACAGGACUUGGCUGCCCGUACACGGCGCCUGGAGCAGUGGGCACAGGAGUUGCAGCAGACGGGUGUGCUGGGUGCCUUUGAGAGCAGCUUCUGGCAGAUUCAGGAGAAGCUGGGCAUGGUGCAGGCCAUUGUGGGUGCUCGCAACACCUCAGCUGCCUCCACUGCGAAGCUUGUGGAGGCUACAGAGGAACUGCGGCACGAAAUUGGGAAGGCCACUGAGCACCUGACUCAGCUGGAGGGUGAGCUGACAGAUGUACAGGAUGAGAAUUUCAAUGCCAACCAUGUACUCAGUGGUCUGGAGCGAGAUGGGCUUGCUCUUAAUCUUACACUGCGGCAGCUUGACCAGCAUCUGGACCUACUUAAGCAUUCAAAUUUCUUGGGUGCCUAUGACAGCAUCCGCCAUGCCCACAGCCAGUCUGCAGAGGCAGAACGUCGUGCCAACACCUCUGCCCUGGCAGUACCCAGCCCUGUGAGCAACUCAGCAGAUAUCCGGCUUCGGGCAGAGAUGCUGAUUGGUGUCCAAAGGGAAGACUUCAAUCACAAACACCUGGCCAACCAGCAGGCACUGAGCAAGCUGUCUACACAUACUCAUGCCUUGAGCCUGACAAGCAUAAAUGAACUGGUAUGUGGGGCUCCUGGGGAUGCACCCUGUGCUACCAGCCCUUGUGGGGGUGCUGGCUGUCGUGAUGAAGAUGGACAGCUCCGCUGUGGGGGCCUCAGCUGCAGUGGGGCAGCAGCCACAGCUGACCUUGCUCUGGGUCGGGCUCGGCACACACAAGCGGAGCUGCAGCGGGCACUAGUAGAAGGUGGCGGCAUCCUUAGUCGAGUGGCUGAGACUCGUCGGCAGGCAGGCGAGGCACAGCAGCGGGCCCAGGCAGCCCUGGACAAGGCUAAUGCUUCCAGGGGACAAGUGGAGCAGGCUAACCAAGAGCUUCGAGAACUUAUCCAGAAUGUGAAGGACUUCCUCAGCCAGGAGGGGGCUGAUCCUGAUAGCAUUGAGAUGGUGGCCACACGGGUGCUAGAGCUCUCCAUCCCAGCCUCACCUGAGCAGAUCCAGCACCUGGCAGGUGAAAUUGCAGAGCGUGUCCGGAGCCUGGCGGAUGUGGACACAAUCUUGGCGCGUACAGUGGGGGAUGUCCGUCGAACUGAGCAGCUACUGCAGGAUGCACAGCGGGCACGGAAUCGUGCUGAGGGUGAGAAACAGAAGGCAGAGAUGGUACAGGCAGCGCUGGAGGAGGCCCAGCGGGCACAGGGUGCUGCUCAGGGUGCCAUUCGGGGAGCGGUAGUUGACACACAGGACACAGAGCAGACCCUGCACCAGGUACAGGAGAGGAUGGCAGGUGCAGAGCAGGCACUGAGCUCUGCAGGUGAGCGGGCUCAACAACUGGACGCUCUCCUGGAGGCUCUGAAACUGAAAAGGGCGGGAAAUAGUCUGGCAGCUUCUACAGCUGAAGAAACAGCGGGCAGUGCCCAGAGCCGAGCCUGGGAGGCUGAGCAGCUGCUACAGGGACCAGUGGGCGACCAGUACCAAACUGUUAGGGCUCUGGCUGAGCGCAAGGCCCAGGGUGUGCUUGCUGCACAGGAGAGGGCAGAACAACUGCGGGCUGAGGCUCAGGACUUGUUGCAGGCUGCUCAAGACAAGCUGCAGCGGCUACAGGAACUGGAGGGCACUUAUGAAGAAAACGAACGAGCAUUGGAGGGCAAGGCGGCCCAACUGGAUGGGCUGGAGGCCAGGAUGCGUAGCGUGCUUCAAGCCAUCAACCUGCAGGUUCAAAUCUACAACACCUGCCAGUGACCCCAACCCAGUGCCUACCCUAGUCCCUAGCACUGCUCCGCACGCGCGUCUGCCUACACAUUAAAGAGCUCUCGGCCUGGCGGGGCUCCCAAUAAACCAGUGUGAACCUC